AUGCUGCGGCGGAAAGCGCCGGCGCGGCGGCGCGGGCGCCUGGCGGCGUUGAAGCGCGCCGCUGGCCGCAAGGUCACCGUGCUGCGGAACGCGGGGCUGCCCCCUAGCGCCGGCCACGGCGCGGGCGUCGUGGGCAUCUCCGACGAUGAGUUGCAGCGGCUGCGGGCCGGGGCCAGCCGGCUGGCGGGGGCGCGGCCAGGCCCGUCGGGCGCGACGAUCUACCCGGCCACGCAGCAAAGGGCGAGGUUUGAUCCAGUCUACGAGGUGGCGGUGGCGCUCGUGGUCAGGUACUCCAGCUGGGUCUGGGGGCAGAGGGCAUCUCAGCGCGCGCGGGCCUCCAUCGCGCAGCGGAUCGGCUGGUACAUGUGGUUUAGCCUGGUGCUGGUCACUGACGAGGAGCAGCACAUCAACCUGCUCGCCACCUCGCCGUCGGACCUCAAGCCUUACCUCGUCGAGGGGGUCAGCCGUUGGCAAGGGCGACGGAUCCUGAGCCACUUCGGCGGCGCGCAUCCCACGGGGCUGAUCUGGACGCGGACCCUGAGGCUGUGCGCGGGUGGCAAGGGCGCAGCUGUCGCCAAAGGGCCUGCUGCCACCGGCCUCAGGAUCCACUGGGCAGGCACGCCGUGGACCAGGCAGGGGCAGCUAGACGUUGGGGUCGCCCCCGAUGGCAGCUGUCUGGCGUGCAGAGCGGAGGCGGGCACCCCUGGUCAAAGGCUCCACGACUGCGGGGCCCUGCUGCGCGCGCGCCAGGCUAGCCCCCCUGGAGGCAGCGAGCUUGGCACGGCAUGUUUCGUUGCGAAUAGGUCGUCGGUAGAGCAGGACGUCCUCCCUGACCGAUUGCAGCAGAUGUGGACUACUAUGCGCGACAAGGGCCUGCAGGCAGGCGGCGUGGUGGUCGCGGACUUCAGCGGGUUCGCGCAUGAGAUCGGGCCCCCCGCGCUGCCGCCGCGCGCGCCGCCUGCGGCCGACGAGGCGGGGGUCAGGCUCCGGGGUGACUGGGGCGGCACGAGCGACGAGCAGCGCGGGAACAUUGCGUUCACUGAUGGCUCGGGCCUCGCGAGCAGCAUGGCCCAGCUGGUCACCGAGCUCCUAGGGCAGCAGGCGCGAUUCGUGGCCACUGGCCUGCCGGCGCUGGGCCAGGAGGCUAGCAGCUGGGGGCCAGGGCCGGAGCGAGCCAAGUCGGUGCACGCCACGGUGUGGAGGCACCUGCGGCAGCAGCCAUGCCGCCCCGAGGUGUUCUGGGUCCCCGCGCGCCAGGACGUCGACGGGCACCUGGCGGCGGGGUUUCACCCAGUGCUGUACGCGGGCAACCUGUGGGUGCACACGGAGUUCUACGCCAUCGAGGUGCAGUACUUUCAAGCAGAUGGCGGACUACAUCGGAUGGGACAUGCAGCGCUGCCUGGCCAUGGGGACUGGGCCCCCGAGGCGCGCGACGUGCCCGCGGCGCCGCCGCCGCCGCCCGUGCCGAGGCUGACGGCGGUGGAGCACCCCCUGGUGCGCGCGCAGGGAAAGCACGGAAUGUUGUGCACUGAGCGCGGGCGCCGAUCCCGUAUUGAGGCAGGUGCGGCGGCGCAGCAGUUUGUCAGGUCGAGCUGUUUGCUGACGCCGCUGGCACGCCUCAGGGCGGCGGCUGAGGCGGCGCAUUUCGGUGCGGGGCCAUGCUGGAUGGGCGACGCCGAGGGCCCGGGUGCUGAGGCGCGGCAGCAGUGCGACGGUGGCAAGCCUUGCAAGCUGGCGCAGAGGCGUGCUGCGGGCCGCCCGCCGACAAUGGGGCACCGCCAGCGCACCUACGUCAGCAACCUGGCGGCCAGGAGGGGCAGGCUGCUGCGUGGUCUGGACCCCAAGACGAGCAGGUCAUGGGCUACGGGUACGCUGGCGCACGACGAGCGCAGUUCGGUCGACGACAGCUCCGAGGAGGGCACCGACGAGGCGGUCGUGGCCCAUGGCUAUGCGGAGGCCCCGCUGGCGGACGCGCAGGGGACCGCGACGCGCGGGCGCUGCGGCGGCGCGUUGCGACUCGCGAGGCUGGCUUGGCAGGCGUUGCCGCUGGUGGGGGCGGGCAGUGUUCCCACGGCGCAGGUCUAUGAGGCGUUGGCCGACACGGGGUGCGUUGCUGGUGAUCGCGCCGAGUCAUGGGCAGUGCGGAGGCAGGCACUGCUGCGGCGGCCCCAGGCGCGGGCCGAGCGGCUCUGCGGCGGCGUUGGGGCUGUCCCCAGGGAGGCGCCCGCGGGUUUUGCCGCGCGGCUGCGGCGGCGCGGCGUCCGCGUGGCGCUGCCGCCGCCCAGGGCGGCCCUGCCGCAACGGCUGCCGCGGCCGCUGGCCUUGGAGCGCAGGCUGGGCCGCUGGGGGCGGUGGUGGAUCGAGCCGCUGCUCGACGCCGACGGCGCGGCCAGCGACUGGCUCGACCAUUGCGUCCCGUACGCGGAGGCGGUCCUCGCCCAGCCCAGGUGGCGGCGUUUCCCCAGGGCGAUGGACAGCGCGGCCCAGCAGCUGGCGGAGGCGCGGUGCCGCCGCGCAUGGCGCCGCGGAGCGAGGGUGCGCGGUACCUGCGCCAGGCGUCGCUUGGGCCUCGCGCUGAGCCAGCGGUGCGCCACCGACAGCAUGCAGAGGGCGUUGCCUGAGCGCGCCCUGUCGUUGUCCCUCUGCGCGCCCAGCGGCGGCGGCGGCGCGUUGCGCUGGCCGCAGGCCGCAUUCCCCAGGGCCGCCGAGGACAAUUUCCUCGACCUGGCCGGCCCGCGCUUCGAGAACUUGGGCGCCGUCUCCUGGAAGGAGGCGUCCAGGGAGUACGCCGAGCGCUUCACUGGGGAGCGGAACCCGACCAAGGUCAAGGUCCGUUGGGACGACGCCUUCGUGUACAUCGGCGCCACGCUUCGCUCAAGGCACGUCGCCGCCACGGUGGCCGGCCACUGCGACGAGCUGGAGAGCAGCGUUUGGAGAGACACGCCAGUGUUACCGUAUUUUGACGACGACUUCGAGGUCUUCGUUGACGCCUCGCAGGACAAUUAUUUUUACGUGGAGUACGAGAUGAACGCCAGGAAUGCGUCCUACGGCACGCUGUGGUCUCUGCCGCAGGCGGGCUUGGGCAGCGUCGCCCCAGAGUGUGGCGGCGGGAGCUCCGCAAGGAGGAGCUGCUGCAACACCACCUGGAAUGGGGGCAGGAGCCUCUGCGACAAGGGCGUGGAGUCCGAGGCGGCCGGCUGGACGAUGGAGAUGUUCGACGCCUCGCGGCGGCCGGGCGGCGGGAUGUUGUCCGCCGCCCGCAACGGCACCGACGGCUGGUCAUUGGAGAUACGGUUUCCUAUUCUGUCGACCGGCGACCAUGGAGGGUUGAUAAAUCUGGCGCCUGGCUCGCACUACCCUGGCCAGGACCCGAGGGAGUUCGACCCCAACCGCGGGCAGCGCUUCUGGUGGGCCACCUUCGCCAACGCGCUGCAUGCUCCGUGGUGGAGCACGCUGACGUCGGCAGAUGCUGGAGACCCAACGCGCAUCAAGUCGUUGUGCCAGCAAGUUCUCGCCGAGGACCUGAGGCGCAACGGGUAUUCCCAGUUCCUGAUCGACGCGAACAACGCCGCCCCCACCUGCUACUACGAGGCAGCGUCGCAGCACCUCGGGGGGCACCAGUACAUGCACAACCCGGACAACUUCGGGUACCUGCAGUUUGCCGCGCACGGGGAACCCCGGUGCAGGAACGUUCAGUGGCCGGCGCGCUUCGUGCUGGCCAUGGUCUACCAGGCGGAGGUGCAGUGGCUCACAAACGUCAGUCUGGGCAACGGCUCCUACUCGACGAGCGUAGCGCGGCUCCUGUCGCCCGACGCCUGCACCAUCGAGAACGCCUGCAACGCGACGGCGCUGCAGCAGGCCCUGCAGCACGUCAGCCUCAAGGUCGACGCCGCCGAGGGCGAGAAGGCCGGGGGCUGCGCCCGCUACGCCGUGGGCGCCUGGCAGACGCCCAACUGGACAGGCGGCCCUUGCUUCAGCGCCAGCGUGGAGUAUGUCGUCCGGAACAGGGCGGACCCCGCCGAAAGCCGCACCGUGGCCGGCACCAUCAACGAGGCCCCCCCUCCCCCCCCCCCGCCAGUGUCGGCCAGCGGUGGGACGGCGCGGACUCCGGCUGGUUAUGCCUGGACGGCGUCGACGUGCUCUCGCCCGCGGCGUGGGCGGAGUACGUGUGAGGCUUGGAGCCGGCUGGAGGUCUGA